CUGAUUAUGGCCGAUAGUCACCGAAGGGGCACGGACAGAGGCAGAGGCAGGAUGACAUCAGGAUACUCGCAGCAGUACGCGAGCGGAAAAGCGUCAGACAUACAGGAGCUGGCGUCCAAGCGAGUGGACAUCCAGAAGAAGCGCUUCUAUCUGGACGUGAAGCAGAGCACCCGCGGACGCUUCCUGAAGAUCGCCGAGGUGUGGAUCGGCCGAGGCAGGCACGACAACAUCCGCAAAAGCAAACUCACCCUCUCCAUGUCCAUGGCGCCCGAUUUGCGCUACUGCCUGGGCGACUUCAUCGAUUAUUACGCGCACAUCGGGCUCCGAGGAAGCCAGGCGCCGGACCGCCGGCCGCAGGGGCAGAGCAACGGCCAGGGACGCACACCGGACCCCCGACGGAGAGCAGCGGAUCCGGCGGCGUCCCCCAGCGGCUCUGCCGCGUCCGAGGAGCAGACGCACUGGGUGCUGAAGAGCGAGUUAAUCGAGCGGGACAAUAGGAAGUACUACCUGGACCUGAAGGAGAACCAGCGCGGCCGGUUCCUGCGCAUCAGGCAGACCGUCAAUCGAGGUCACGGGAGCAUAGGUUACUACGGGCAGGCGAGCUAUCACACCACAUCGACGACCGCGCAAACUACCAUCCAGAUCAGAGAUGCGUUAUCUCAGCUCAUCGACGACUACGGUGACGACGAGCCAGAGCGGGCCUGCGCGCGGAACCACGACGAGUCGCCCGAGCUGCCCGAGGCGGCGUCGUUCCGCGUCGACAACAAAACAAUCUACUUCAACUCAACCUAGAACCGAACCGCCUUCUCUCCUAACAUCAAGAUCAGCGAGGUCCGGCAGCCCUACCGAAACACGAUCACCGUCCCGCUGAAAGCCUGGGCCCGCUUCGGCGAGAACUUCAUGAGGUACGAGGACGAGAUGCGGCACAUCUUCAGCUGUCAUAAAGAGAAGCGGACAGACGCGGAGGAGCAGGAGGAUUGACGCACGCUGCUGCUGCUGCUGCUUCUGAUAAUGAUGAUGCUUCUGGUGUUAGUUGUACCUCUAGCCUCCUGCUGUACUCACCGUACACUUUACCGUGCGGCCCGUCCCGUUCAUGCCCACUACUGUCGAUUUCAAUCUAGACAGAAUCCAAGCGACUCUACUGGGGUUGCUGUGUGUGUGUGUGUGUGUGAGAGAGAGAGAGAGAGCGUGCAUUAGGAUUUGGUGUUAUUGCGUCCAAUACUUCUUCCCAGGCUUAACGUGUAUGGGGCUGCUGUGCAAUUUCUCAAAGCUGGAAUCAAAUAAUCAAGGUCUUAUCAAGCACUUAGGUAACACUUUAUUUUGAUAGUCCACUUUAGACAUGGAGCAACAUUUUGAGCAAUAGUGCUUGGUUAAUCAAUGGGCAACCAGGUGAGACUCAGGGCCUAUGACUGAUUUAAAGUAUCCAGAUAGAAAUUGGUU